UUUCAAUAAUUCAGUAAAAAAAAUAAAUAAUUGUGGUUGAAUUUGUUACGAGGAAAUUGUCCCGCACGAUUAGUUUCUGCUGACUUGGAUUAUGGAGAGUGUGCGGCAUAUAACGCUUCGACACAUUCGGAAUUUGAAAUGAACGCGUCGGUGAGCAGAAAUGUUAAGUCCAAUUGUAGGCUAUAAUACAGUAUAAUAACAGACAGUCCAUCAUCAAUUACCAGUGGUUUUUGUGUAGCCUACGUUGCAGAUGUUCGUAUCCGGCGUAAUAAACAUACAUUCACAAUGUCUGCAAGUAGGCUACUUCAAAUUAUCGAAAGCAAAUUUUGUUUUUAUACAAAAUACGUCCGCAUGACAAAAGACAGUGACGUUUAAACAUAUCCGAUACACAACUUUUAAUUAUAAGGCAACUGCGCUGUCAAUUUCAUGUCACGAAUGAACUUAUAAAUGUGGUACUUGUCUCAUAUCUAGUUAUUGCCUAAGUAAUCAUUCAUUUAUAUUUCCACCAAUCAAAAUUAAAGUAGACAUAAUUUAAGUUAAGAUUUUAAAUAAUCGUCUCAGUACGCAGUUGAUUUUAAGGCAAAUUAACUAAGUGCCCCGUUUUUAAAAAAUUUGUUUGGAAGGCUAGCGUUUGCUGUUUCCUGGGGCUACGUUUGUAUUUUACGAUACAGGAAUAGACGGUAGGUGGCAGACAAUCAUUACCAAAAAUGAAGAGGGCGAAGGUAUAAAGAAAAACAAGUAAGUUGAGCGCCAGAAACAAUGAUGAGUAAUCAAUUAGGUGUACUGAUAAAUCUGGGGGAUUCUAUAUAAGAUCUGAUUAAAAUCAUGACAGUUAACAUUCGUUUACUCAAAGAGCACAUGCCUAUCGCUGUCAGCUAAUUUGCAGCUUAAAGUGAAAAUAUGUACAUAUUGUAUGUUUGUGCAUUCAUUACAUUCACUACACUCGGGUCCUACACUGAGAGGGGAGUUUCAGGACAGAUCAUGACAGUUCUUUUUAACAGAUCUGUAAGUCAUAAAUUUGCAUCGCAACUGUUUUUCGCGAGGUGGACUUCGAUAUGUUUGUAGUGUUGGUGGCUGCUCUGACGGGGUCCUGCAUUCUACCCUACGGCUAUUCAAUCCUUCAGGCGACCUAGGGCGCCAACUUCUGAAGGGCGCCUGCUUAGUCAGCUGGGCUUUCGCUUGGGCUUCGACCUUGGGCAAUAUAGCGAAUGACUGGUUAUCAUUCACAAAUGCAUAACAUACAAGGACAAAAGCAAACUUCGAAAAACAUCGCCAAUUAAGAAGAUAAAUGAAGAAUGACAUAAGCUGGCGUCAUGGGCGUCGCUAGGCCAUUUUUACUCAUUUGUACUCAGCCCCCCUAAAAAUUCUCCAUAAACUUUACACAAAUUGAUGUUCGGCCACGUCCCCUUUAAAUUUCAUAUGAAAACGGCGCAACGUCUUUCAGCGCGGUCUUCAACUGAAGCAUCACAGACUGCGGCAUCACAGAGCGAGGAUUAAGCCAAGGCCAAAGACAUACAGUUGGGCGCCUCUAACCUGUCCUGUUUAUGCACCUUGUGAUGGACCGACAUUCCCCAGUAGUGUGCCUCUGCUUCCGGAGAUGCGCUCCAGCGCUACAAGUGGUACCCCUCACAAAUGAGCAGUGCUGCAUCCUUCCGCACCACAGACCUACCCGGACUCUCACCUGUUGCGCGCUGUUACCGCUCUUCUUGGCCUUCCUGUUGGGCUUUCAGGUUGCCUGUGCUCUUGAUCUCUGAUCACCAUGCCAACCCAGCUGGAGAGCGCAAUGGAUGCCCUUAUUACCGUCUUUUACAAUUAUUCCGGCAAUGACGGUGACAAAUACAAGCUGAACAAGGGCGAGCUGAAGCAGCUAUUAAACAGUGAGCUCACUGACUUUUUGACGUCUCAAAAGGACCCCAUGCUUGUGGAGAAAAUCAUGAGCGACCUGGACUCCAACCAAGACAACGAGGUGGACUUCAAUGAGUUUGUGGUGUUGGUGGCUGCCCUGACGGUGGCCUGCAAUGAUUUCUUUCAAGAACAGCAGAAGAAGAAAGGGAAAUAGAGAGUGAACUCAUGUGUAGUAGUGAUGUCCAGCGGUAGUCCAACAUGAUGGCAUAUGUUUGGUAAUGUGAUGUGACAUGUUCCAUCAAUGCAGUCAUGAGGGAUGUAGAACAAAUAUGUACUUCAGCACACAUAUAAUUGCUGGUUAUAAAUGCUGGUUAUAAAUUAUAUGCAGAAGUAGCUAAUUUUCAUCUUUGUGGAUUUAGUGAUUUUUAUGUUCAUCACAAACAUUGAUUACAAAGGUUCAUACUGUAUUUCAGAUUCUUCUGACUGAAUUGCAUUUACUUGUUGCACCAUUAUGGAAUUGUUCCCAUUCGUCCUGUUUUAUUUUUCUAAAAAAAAAAACAAAAUAAGCAACACACUAAACCAGGGAGCUGUGUCCCUAGAAUAUGUGAACCAAAACAUACCAUUUAAGUAAUUAGUCAAUAAUGAUGGUAUAGCAGAAGAGGCAUUUUCAUUCAUUUAUAAAUAAAGGAUGACAUAACUGUUAAGUAAAGAAAAUACUAGCAUAGUAUACAAUUACACUCACAUAUGAGAAGGUGUCUUAGUGCUGCUAUGUUCAGCAAUGUUUUAAAACAUAAUUUGAAAUACAUAUAAUUGAAAAUGAUUGCGUGCCCCUAAGAGUUAUAUAAUACUGACAAAUGUCUGUAUGCUAAUCAUACUGUAUAUCAUUCUCUCUAUAUAUUAUCUCAAAAUAACCUAUGUCUAAACUAUUGUUGUAAUGUUAUUUUUGUUCCAAUAAACUAUUUUGUGCGUGAAA